UCUAGUCAUUUAACUAGUUAUAUUUAAUGGUGUGGCUUAAGAUGCCUAGAGAAUGCGCAUUUUGGAAUACAGAAACGUACAGCAACAUGUUAUCCCUGGGAUUCUCACUUCCCCUUAAUUCCAAUAUUGCACUUACCAGCAGAUCAAACCGAUAUAAUUUUCUUACCAAAUUCCCCAAGGUUCUUGCAGCUACUUCAAACAGCGAUAAUGCAGCUGUGAAGCUUGGUCGAGGGCCGGCAGUGGUGCGGGCACUGCCGGAUGGCCUCAAGCGAGAAUUAAUGCCGAAGCACUUGGCAGUCAUUAUGGAUGGUCACAGAAGGUGGGCAAGACAAAAUGGCUUGAGCGUAGAUCAUGGUCACCGCGCUGGCGAGGAGAAAAUAAAAUUCCUCACUCGCCUUUGUUGCCAGUGGGGAAUCAAAGUUCUUACUGUAUUUGCAUUUUCUACUGAAAAUUGGGUUCGUCCCAAACAAGAGGUUGACUUUCUCAUGGACAUGUUUUUAAAUCUGGCAACCUUAAAAGAAAACUUGGAUGAAUGGACAAGUCUUGAUAUACGAGUGUCAUUUAUUGGAGAUAAAUCAACCAUUUCCAAGUCUUUACGAGAAGCUGUGACUGUGGUGGAGGAGAUGACGAAAUCUAAUUCGGGACUGCAUGUUAUAAUAGCGCUCAAUUACAGUGGACGACAAGAUAUAUUACAAGCAACCAAAAGCAUUGCCAGUAAAGUAAAUACUGGACAUUUAGCUGUAACAGACAUUGACAAGAACAUCUUUGAACAAGAACUGGAAACUCAUCGCGCCGAAUUUCCUGAACCAGAUUUGUUAAUUCGAACAAGUGGAGAGCAAAGAAUUAGCAACUUCAUGUUAUGGCAAUUAGCUUAUACUGAACUCUAUUUUGCAAAGAAGUUGUUCCCUGACAUGGAACAAGAAGAUUUUAUCGACGCUUUAAAGUCGUUUCAGCCAAGAGAAAGACGUUAUGGUGGAUCACAAAAAAUCUAAUAUUCAAUAGUUGAGAACUAAUAAUAUGUGAAUUUCCUAUUGUUAGGAUUAAUAAUAAGUACUGGUUACAGUAGUAAGAAAUAAGUAUGACUCAACCUUGGGAAGUCAUGUGGAUUGAUUUAUGUACUUUUCAGGCAUAAUUAAUAUGUGUUACUAACA